CUGUGCUUCCGUAUUUACACACCCACCAAAUAAAACACACACACACACACACACGCAGGACAGGGCUCACUAGCGGCGGUCGGGUGAAUGUUUACCGAACAAGCAUAGAGUGGUGGUGCGGAAAGUGACAGUCACACUGGAGCCUUGGUGUAUGGUGAAACACAGGUGAUUUCUGCUUCCACGGUUGCAUUUUACAGCGGAAUGUUCACUCGAAGGGGGCAUGGGGACGUCAAGAAAUCUACACAGAAAGUUCUGGACCCAAAGAAGGAUGUUUUGACCCGACUGAAGCACCUGCGGGCGCUGAUAGACAUCAUUGACAAGAGUGAACUAAAGGCAUUCUUUGAAAGCAACUGCUCACAGAUUUAUUUUAUCUUCUAUGAAAAUUUCAUUACACUGGAAAGCAGCUUAAAACAAAAAGGGAACAAAUCUCAAAGGGAAGAGCUGGACUCGAUCCUCUUUAUUUUUGAAAAAAUUCUUCAACUUCUGCCUGAGAAAAUCUACAACAGAUGGCAAUUUCACAGUAUAGGUUCUAUUCUGAAAAAACUUCUGCACACUGGAAAUUCAUUUAAAAUCCGCUGUGAGGGGAUCCGUCUCUUCCUGCUGUGGCUUCAGGCUCUACGGGACAAUUGCGCCGAGGAGCAGUUCCUUAUCUUUGCCUGUCUGGUUCCGGGAUUCCCUGCUGUUUCCUCCUCCAGAGGACCCUGCACGCUUGACACCAUCAUUAACAACCCAUCUUCUAUCACCCUAGAAGCCAAGGUAGUGCCUGAGGAGAUCACCCCUUUGGUUCCAGCUGUGUCUGGAGAGAAGGUUGCAGAGGACCUGACUUGUUACUUUCUUGAAACACUGCUCAAGUACAUGGUUAUCCAGGCAUCCAGUUUAGAAUGGAAGAACAAAGAGAGCGAAGACACGGGCUUCAGAUUUCUCUUCAGUCUUUUCAAGAAGUACUACCUUCCACAUCUAUUCCCCUCUUUCACCAAAUUCACAAAUCUUUAUAAGCCUUUGUUAGAACUCCCCCCGCUCAGACCGAAACCCUUGUAUGUGCCGGUGACGAGGAACAACGAGAGCACUUUCUGCACCAGGGAUCAGUACUUGGCACCCAGGGUGGCCUUCAUCACCUGGCUGGUCACUUUCUUCCUGGAGAAGAAGUACGUCAACAGUGCUGCUGCAGCGCAGAGCGCCAAGAACGGCACUGAGGUCAUUCCCAAACUCAUCCAGACUGUCACUGCAGGCGGUAGCAGCCAGGAGAAGGAGAAAGAUAAGACUGCUGAUGGGGAUACUAGCGGACCACCAGGGGAUACAGAAAAGAGCCACUCUAACAGCAGCACGCUCUCCGAUCGAAGGCCCAGUGAUUCCAGUUUGUGUAGCAUUGAGGAGGAGCACAAGCAUGUCUACGACAUGGUGCACUGCAUUCUGCUGUCCACAAGGGACAAUGUUAAUUUUGUCAAUGAAGUCUUCCACCAGGCCUUCUUGUUGCCGGCUUGUGAAGCCUCGGCAACCAGGAAGGUCAUCAAAGUGUACAGAAAGUGGAUCCUGCAGGAAAAGCCCAUCUUCAUGACCGAGCCUGACCCAACCACCCAGGAAGAUGAAGUGGAUGAAAACUCACAGCGUGUUCUCAGCACAGAUGCAAGCAUCAUGCAUGUAAAAGCUUUUGAGAGUCACGGUCACAAACGCUCGUCAAGCUGGGGAAGGACUUACUCGUUCAGCAGUGCCAUCAAUCGGGGUUUUCUCACUGAGGAGCAGAAUAGAGACGUUAAAGCUGGCAUGCAGCCCACACUACAGGUUUUCCUGACCAACUCAUCCAAUGUGUUCCUGUUGGAGCCAUGCCAGGACGUUCCCAAACUCCUGGAAAAUCAGGUUGAAGUGUGCAAGAAUGUUCUCAGCAUCUAUCGGCACAUGAUCAUGGAGCACAGCAUGACUACACAGACGUGGGAGCAGAUGCUGCAGGUGCUACUGAAGAUCACAGAGGCAGUAAUGAAGAGGCCACAAGAAAACCAAAGAAAAGACAGCUUUGCUGAAAGUUUAGCAUCCUUGCUUUUUAGGACUAUUAUUGUGGCGUGGGUUAGAGCAAAUCUCAGCGUAUUUAUAUCUCGGGAGCUGUGGGACGAGCUGCUGGCAGUGCUGUCCUCUCUUACCUGCUGGGAGGAGCUGGUGAUGGAGUGGGCCAGCAUCAUGGACUCGCUGACGGCUGUGCUGGCGCGCUCCGUUUAUGGCCUGGACAUGGCCAACUUGCCUUUAGACAAACUCAGCGAACAGAAGGUGAAAAAGCAGCGAGGACGUGGGGUUAUCCAGGACUCCCAGAAGGCUGCUGCAGUUGCACGCUCGUUCUCACUGAGCUGGAGAAACCACGGAGAGCAGGGUGGGCCGGGAGCCCAGGAGCCCAUGAGGAUUCGCUCUGCCACUACCUCAGGAGCCCCCGGUGUGGAGAAAGCCCGGAACAAUGUCCGCCAGAAGGCCUCUGCUAAGCGAAGCCAGUCCAUCAGCAACUGUGUCCAUCUUUACGAGGCUUUGCCCACUACUAAAAGUGUUCCUAUGCUGCUCCACACUGUGAGCUCUUUCUUGCCUGGUAUCUCUUCUGGUAAUUCUGCUUGCUCUCAUAGACUCUCAGAUGUAGAAGAAUGUCAGCUCUCAGAAUGUGGAGGAGAAGAGGAAACGGGGGGCAGGGAGAGUCCUCUGCAGCGGAGCAGCAGCACCUCGGACAUCACCCAGCAGCUGUCUGACACUUUACCAGCCCAGAAGAGAGACUACUCCCCCACUUCCUGUGGUUCUGAGGGCAGGACUGAGAGCAUAGAGCCACCAGUGAUAUUGAUCCGACGGAGCAGCAGUCCAGCCGAGGCAGAGUCGAGCACUGACGGACCCCCAACCUACACAGGACACAAACUCAGAGAUAAAAGUGAAAGUGUGAGUAGCGAGACAUCCAACGGCUACCUCAAUGAGGCUGAAGUUACAUGGCAAACAUUCGACGAGGAGGCCGACACUCAGUCCACGCAGUCGGCUCACAUGGACGUUACAGCUGACCCCCAGAACCAAGGGAGUUUGCUGCUCAGCCACAAUGACGCUCUAGCCGGUCCUGAGUGUGCCCUCCUUCCCCACUCUGCUCCUCCCUACCACCACAAUUACCACUACCCCCCCUCCUCACCGACCCUGCUGGUGCACACCGAGUGCCCGCGGGACUGUCCCCUGGAUGACACCAUGCAUCAGUCUGUCUUACACAUGCCACACCACUUGGACAGCAGUGAGUGUCUUGCCGAUGAUGUCAGCAUCAUCGCUGGGGGGACGCUGACUGGUUGGCAUCCUGAUUCUGCUUUUGUCCUGUGGAGGAGGAUUUUGGGUAUUUUGGGAGAUGUCAAUAACAUCCGAUGCCCUAAGAUCCAUGCCAAGGUUUUCUCCUAUCUCUAUGAUCUCUGGCACAAGCUGGCCAAGGUCCGGGACAAUCUGGGGAUCAGCGUGGAUAACCAGUCCUCUCCUCCCCAGCCUGUGUUCAUCCCUCCUCUUCGAAUGCUAGCAUCAUGGCUCUUCAGGGCAACCAUGCUCCAAGCAGAGUACAAGGCUGGCAAACUGCAGGCAUACAAGCUGAUCUGUGAGAUGAUGACCAGGCACCAAGACGUCCUCCCCAACAGCGACUUCCUGGUGCACCUGUACCACGUCAUGCACAAGGGCUUCACCAGCGAUGACCAGGACGUUUUGAAUACCAUCGUCCGCUCCUGCUCGCCCCGUUUCUUCUUCCUUGGUCUACCAGGUUUCACGAUGCUGCUUGGAGAUUUUAUCACCGCUGCUGCUCGUGUCCUUUCUUCUGACUCCAAAGAGGCUCCAAGGAUAGAGGCUCAGACAAUUUUGGGCUCCCUUGUGUGUUUCCCCAACCUGUACCUCCAGAUUCCUGUUCUGCACUCUGUGCCUGGCUCUAAUGACAUCAGUGUAGGCAAUGAGGAUAUCAAGAAUUAUCUGGUUAAAAUUCUUCUGGAUGCAGCCACAAAAGAAUAUUUUGAAGGAGCAAGGUGCAUUGCUGUAUGCAGCCUGGGCCUGUGGGUGUGUGAAGAGCUCACGCAAAACAACAUUCACCACCAGGUUAAAGAUGCCAUCAAUGUUCUGGGAGUAACACUAAAGUUUGGGAACAAAGUAGUGGCCCAAGUCGCCUGUGACAUGUUUCAGCUGCUGAUUUCUCACUGGGAACAUCUCCAGAGACUGGAUCCAACUCUUCCCAAGAAGAUAAUUGAGAUCUUUGUGGCUACAAUAGCCUUUUUGUUGCCAAGCGCAGAGCACUCGACAGUGGAAGCAGACAAAAAGAUGAUGGUUUCACUGCUACUUUGCUUGCUGGACUGGUGUAUGGCUGUUCCCCUGAGUCUGCUGCUAGAACCCAUCACCAAGUCGUCUUUGGAGCCCCACUCACCCAGCAAGGCCCCGCUCCUGGACUACAUCUACAGGGUGCUUCACUGCUGUGUGUCCGGCUCCAACCUGCACACCCAGCAGAGCCACUACCUGCUCAGUCUGUCGGACUUAUCCAAUGAAUACGACCUGAUGUUGGGUCAGGUGAAGAGCUUCGAGCCUCCACCCUCCCAAAUGACCACAGCAGACUUUGGCAACCUGUUGACAGUAGCUGAGGAGAAGCGCCGUCGAAACAUGGAGCUCAUCCCUUUGACGGCGCGGAUGGUCAUGACUCAUCUGGUGAACCAUCUUGGCCACCAUCCCCUCAGCGGUGGCCCGGCUCUCCUUCACAGCCUUGUGAGCGAAAACCACGACAAUCCGUAUGUGGAGUCGUCCGAGCUGUCCUCUGAGGUCUUUAAAAGCCCCAACCUGCAGCUGUUCGUCUUCAACGACAGCACGCUGGUGUCCUACCUUCAGAUCCCAGCCGAGGCGCCCGCCGCAGGUCAACCUCCGCACCCUUCCUCCCAAGUUCGCAUCAUCGUCCGAGACAUUUCAGGAAAGUACUCUUGGGAUGGAACGAUUCUGUACUGCACUGCGCAGGAGGACCCUGAUGUGGGUGCUUUCCAUCCAGCUGACCCGCCUCUUUCAAAAACCUCCAAUACACACGGCAGAAACCAGCCAACCUCUCCGCUGAAAGGACAUUACAAAACUCACUGCUCCGUCUCAGACUCCCUCUCUAACUUCUGCGAAGAGGACGAGGUCGAUGUGCUGGAUAAGCUUUUGGAGGACCUUAGCCACAGCAGCCCAGAAUGCCUCCCUCAGCCACGGCUCCAGCUCAAUCAGCCAGCCCCGUCACCUCAUGGCAUGAACCUGGAACAAGAGAACACUAUACUGGAGGCCAUUCUCCGUCAGACUCAGCAGGAGGAGGAGCAAGUCAGGAAGUGGGAUGCCGAUGUGAGCUUUCGGGCUGCCUGCCAGAGGGAACCCUCCCACCAGGAACCAAAAGCUCCUUUCUAUUUCUGCAGACUGCUUCUUAAUGAUCUGGGCAUGAACUCAUGGGAUCGCAGAAAAAGCUUCCACUUGCUGAAGAAAAACUCUAAACUUCUAAGAGAGCUGAAGAACUUGGACUCCAGGCAGUGCCGAGAGACGCACAAAAUUGCUGUGUUCUACAUCAGAGAAGGCCAGGAAGACAAGUGCUCCAUCUUGUCGAACUACGCAGGCAGUCAGUCCUAUGAAGACUUUGUAUCUGGACUGGGAUGGGAGGUGGACCUGGCCACACACUGCGGUUUUAUGGGAGGACUCCAAAGGAAUGGCAGCACAGGUCUAACAGCUCCCUAUUACGCUACCUCCACUGUAGAAGUCAUAUUCCAUGUAUCCACGAGGAUGCCAUCUGAUUCUGAUGACUGUCUCACCAAAAAGCUGCGUCACUUGGGCAACGAUGAGGUGCACAUCGUGUGGUCCGAGCACACCAGGGACUACCGUUGUGGCAUCAUCCCAACUGACUUUGGAGACGUGCUCAUUAUCAUCUACCCAAUGAAGAAUCACAUGUAUUUCAUCCAGGUCAUUAAGAAGCCUCAGGUUCCUUUCUUUGGACCUCUGUUUAAUGGCGCCAUCGUCACCGGGUCGCUGUUGCCAAGUUUGGUACGAGCCACUUGUAUCAAUGCCAGCAGAGCUGUCAAGUCCCGGCUGACUCUCUACCAGAGCUUCUACGAGGAGCGAGCACUCUACUUGGAGGCCAUUGUUCAGAACCACAGAGAGGUCAUGACCUUUGAAGACUUUGCUUCGCAGGUCUUCUCUCCCUCCCCUGCCUAUUCUGCGAGCGGAACAGCGUGCAGGCGUUGGCCGGGGAUGGUUUGGGACAUGGAGUACCCCUGGGCCAAGCUGGACUAUUAACAAAAAUAUCUUAAAGGUCCAAAUGCUAGAUGUGGUGAAGGUAAGCCAAAGUCGGACUGGAAGCUUGUUUCGGUCCGGCUGCUUUACCUACCCUUCACUCACCCUGACUGUUCUUACCGAAGCCGCUCUUCUUUUUAAAUUCAGUACUAACCAAGCUUUAUUUACUGAAUGUGCUUCAGAAUGGGAAAAGAAAGAGAAACCGGGCUGUUUAUUUGGGGGGUGUCCUACUGUUUAGGCCAGGCUGGUAAUUGAGAGCCAUGUACGGUGGCGACAAUUAGCACCUGACUAAGUAGCAGCAUGAACAAUAAAGCUACACUUCUGGCCCUUGCUUCUGCAUGUGGUGCGCCUUUAUCUCUUCCCCCUGCAAACACUUUUCUUUUUUCUCUCUUUCCUUUUUUUUUAACCCCCCCCCCUCAUUUCCUCCUGUUGGAGUGUGCCUGUUUGCCUGGGGCAUACUCUGAGACUAACACCUGCCGCACUGGAAGACGUCUUUGUCAUCUAAAGCCUUGUUUGAACUGCUGCACUGGGGACCAAUGGGAGUGCAGGGCCAUUUAAAGGGUCCCCUUUUUUUAUCUUUUUGCCCUUUUUCAAUUUUUCUUCUUUCCUUCUAAAACAAACGGGAGUGCAAGGGUGGGGGCGCUAAAUGGGUGGGUUCAAAACAAAGAAAUGUAUACAUUCAGAUAAAAUUCCUCUUGAUUUAUGAUAUUUUGCUAUAAUACUGUUCACUGUAAAUAUAAAUCUGAGACAGAUGCAGCUGUAGGCAUGGCUGGUAUAAGAUCCUUACAGUUCAACCUGCAGUAAAAAUACCAUUGCUUCUUGAUAUUUAACCAAAAAUGUGUUGCUUGUAUGUAGUGAAUUGUUUUAUUCAAGAGAGAAAAGCAUCAGGUAUUCCUUCUGCUGCUGAUAUAAUUGAAUAUUACUGUUAACGGGCCGAUUACUGGUAGACUGAGGGUUUAAGAAUGUGAAGUUUUAAAGAUGGUACAGUUGGACAUCAGUUUCACAGAGACACCGCAAAAAAUCCUGGAGUGAUCAGAGCUUUCUCCGGAAAUAUAGAGCCAUGGAGGGCCGGGGGGGAACAGCACUGCCUUUUCCCCAUUUGUUGCUGAGCACUCCCAGUCAGCUGGCUGAAAGAAUGUAUUUUUUUUUCUUUUCUUUUUUUUUUCCUUUGGAAAUGUUUUAUAUAUUUUAUUUGUACAUUUUAACUCUUUCACACCUGCAGUUGUGAAAGAGUUAAAAAGAAAAUAGUGUAGUCGUUUUCUUUCAGUCAGCUGACUGGCAGUGCACAGCAUCAAAUGGGGAGUUGUUCCGGGCUGCAUUACUUUAUCCUUCAUAAGAAAACUGACCAGUCCAGCGUUUUCUCUUCCAUCUAAAUAAAGGAUGUAAAGCCUUUGAUGUGUUGGAAAACUUCAGCAGCUUUCAACCAUAACUUUUUAAAACGCUGGUCACCAGGAACCGGUACUUGCUGAGCGUGUUCUACCUUUAACAGCUUCCUUUUAUUUGGCCAGAAGGUGUUUACGGUAGAUGUGUUUUUUGUUGUUGUUGUUGUUGUUUGUUUGUUUUCUUUUUUUUUUUUUAUUCACUGCUGGAAUGAAUGCCUUCCAGUGAAGAUUAUAGGAAUGCAAAACUUCCCCGGCACACAGCUUCAGCCAAGCUUGUCCCUCUUUUACAUUUAAAUGCCGAAUUUCCAGAAUGCAGUUUCACCUCCCCUCCUGUAGCCCUGCACAAUGCUCACACCCAGCGUUCCAUCCUCAGCCCGGCCUCCUCUCCCAGCGACCUGCAGCGCUGGAUGCUGCUGGUGUCCACUGUGCUGCCUGAGUCUGUUAUUCCUGCCAUCUGCCAUCCCUUUUAGCCGCUGCAACUUGAGAUGCCUCGGAAAAAUGGCAGGAAAUAAAAGGAUAGGAAAGAAAAUAGGCAAGCAGAUGCCAUCUCAACAAAGCAGAAAAGUUGUUUAAACGGGCGGAGGGGGGAGUUCCCCCUCCCCCCCCCACACUCCCCACCCCAGUAGUUCGGAUUUGGUCGGGGGCGCAGCGAGAAAGUCGAUGUUCACAAUACUUGAUUGUCCUCAGCGGCAUUAUUACCGUUAGUCGUCCCAUAAUCACUGAUGGGAACUUGGUUUUUUUUUUGUCCGAAAAACGACAAGGUGCUACAAUGGGAAUGCUCCAAUAUUCACAACAAGAGUGUAAUGUGUAAUUUUGUUUUCAUUCAGAGCAUUUUGCCGUCACGCUGUGAACUGGAUGCUUUCCUUUAAGCUGGAACGGUGGCCUUUCUUUUUGCAUUAUAUAAGCAAGCCAAGGGGGUUGGGAAGGGGAAAUGGGUUCUCUUUUAGCAAGCUUUGCUUUUCAGCAGCAUGUGGGG